AUCAUCGAAUAUAUAUAAAUUGAGUAAUUAUUUCUAGAGCAUUCAAUUUGCAAAAAGUUAAAAUGCAUCAAAUUGUUUCAACUUUGAGUGUUUCUUUGUCAAUUAUUUUGGCACUGGUUGGCAAUACAGAAGCAGAAAGCUGGUAUUCAGAUCCUUUUAUAAAUAUUGAUCGUAAUUUGAAAAAUUUUGAAACAACAAAAAAAACCCUUCUGGAUGAUAUUUAUUCGCGAAAAACAUCGGAAUUGUGUCAAUUAAAAGAUCAAAUGUUUGAUGAAACAGAACAUGAUGAUGACUUGAUUGUUCAAGAAUGGCAAAAAGCAUACACACAGAUGACUAACUGUUAUCAAGAACAUCUAGCUUUUCUUUGUAGAACAAUUGACGCAGCUAACGAGAAACGAGAAGUUGCCCAAACAGCUAUACGUGAAUUCAGUAUUGGUGCAUCUCCAUACGUCAAUGAAUAUCAGAGAUUCGUGAAUGAUUUAAUAUACAAGGUUAAUGAAAAUCAGCGUUUUCAGUCUUUAAUGGAAAAUUGUGUUGAUUUGGCUUAUAAUGAUUUUAGCCAAAGCCAAAUAAAGCCAUUUGUUUCUGUAUGUAUUUAUCGCAGAUGGCACUUGUGUUGAUAAAUAAUUUUCGACAAUAUUGAAAGAGAAAAAUAUAAUCAACCUUGGUUAACAGACACGAGAUAACACACGGCAAUGUCAUAAGAAUAAUAGAGUAUAUAAUAUAUUAUAAUUAUAAUUACUAUGAAUAAUUUUACACUCAU